UUCCAAAAUUCGGUAUUUCGGUUGUAUUUGCGAACAAUCAGUUUACAAGGCUGUGUGACGACCUCUCAAGGCCCUGGAAGUGCUAGCUAGCUGAAGAAGGACCAGGAUCCCCGAAAAACAUCGGCGUGUGCUCAAGAUUUUCAGAUAAAUAUUUUGACAUCGUGCCAUUUAGUACACAAUGGCACCGCCAUUUGUUGCUUGCCGUAUUUGCCGGAGCGUCGAAGGAAAAUUGAAAAACUAUACGGACAAUACAUAUUUAAUAAAAGCGUACGAAGAAUUCAGUGGAUGUCCGUUUGUAGAGUGGCCAUACAUGACGAAGUUCUGCCCAGAAUGCGCCUGCCUCAUCAGGAAGGUGUACAAGUUCAGGAGGAAAUGCAGAAAAUCCUACAAGUUUGUGAUGCAACAUUUGGAGUCGGGUAGAAAGAUCACCAAACAGUUCAUUCAGCUGAGCGGCACAAGCCUAUACCACAAGCCAACGGACCUGUCCACAUGGCACUCCUAUCGCAUACCCACCACAGACUACGUACACAACCCGAAGGCUUACAAGCCAAAGAAGAAGAGUGUGGAGGAGCCGGUUUUCUAUAUUAAACAUUUGACAGUGCCAAAGGACUUAGCAACCGAAAUACCAACAGUGGUCCCGGAGCCAAUAUACGAUUUCAACGAACGUUACUACGACUCCUCAGAUCUCGAAGAAGAAUUGCAAUUCAAACCACGGCCUAGAAUACCUACUUACACUCUUACAACUAAGGAACAAACCUUGACCAUUCCAGAGAAACCAGUAGUUUUUGAAGAACCAGUGCUACCACCAAUGAUAGUGGAGAUUGAACCACCAGAAGAGGCACCGAUGAUAGCGGAACCGGUUGAAGAUCCGGUGAUCUUGCCGGAGGAACAAAAUGUGGCUGCAAAUUUGUGUAAACUGGACUUGAUUGAGGAAGAGGAGAUUGAUGUCAAAAUGGAGGAUGAUAUGAUCGACGACAUCUCUGAAGGCCACAUUGAGCACGAUUACGUUGAAAACGAAGGAAAGCUAGAAAUGAAACUGGACCCAGACAAUCUGACGCUGCUGGAAAUUAAGGCUGAAAUGGAACGAGAUGGUGAAAAUGUAGAAAAGGGAGAGAAGAGAAAGAAGCGCGGGAAAGAGAAAGAGGAUUGUCGAGUGUCAAAAAAAAGUCAACAGCUUCAAAAGCGAGCGAGACGGAACCAGUCCAACCAGGAGCUGGAGGAGCACUUCACCAUCACGCAAUUCCACACUGAGGAAGACCAGGUGCAAGAGUUCCUAAAGAGGAAAGUGGGCGAGGGCUACUUGGAGGGCAAGUACAAGUGCGAGCUGUGUCUCAAGAGCUUCAAGGAACAGAAGUGGAUGGACGCGCACAAGCAGAAACACGAGCCGCCCGCCGGAUCCUACAUAUGCACAAUUUGCCACAUCCGGUGUCGAACCCCGAAGCUGUACCGCACGCACCGUGACUCCAACCACACAACCCGCUUCUCAUGCAGGCGAUGCCAAUUCUUCACUUAUAGCAAAGCGCAGGCGCUAAAACACCACGGGUGGCACGAGGGCGUCGAGCACACCUGCCAGCACUGCGGCGCCACCUUCCGUAAGCACACUACGUACAUGGGCCACCUCCGACGCGCGCAUCCUUCUGCCCAUAUAUGCGGCGUCUGCGCACGCAGCUUUGUCAGCGCGUACGGACUGAAUCUACACAUCAAGGCUGUUCACAAGGAUAUAAAUAAGUUAGAAAACGACAGCACGCGCUGUGAGGAGUGCGACGUGACGUUUGUGUCGCGACAGAUGUAUGUCAGACAUUUACUCAUCACAGACAGACACAAGGAAAUAUCUAAAGAUAUAUUAGGCUGCCGAAAGUGCGGCGAGCAGUUCGAAAGUGCGGAGGAAAUGGAAAAGCACACGCACUAUAAGGAGAGGAAGUAUGUACGGAAAGACGCGCCGAGACGGACCAUCAAGUGUGACGAGUGUUCAGAAGUGUUUUCACAUCCAAAUGGCGUGUACCAGCACUAUCUUCGCGAACACCCCGACACGCCAUACCGGUUCGCGGUGAGACGGCACUAUCUGUGCGAGCAGUGCGGCAAGACUUUCAAGUCGCCGGGCUUGCUCCAGCAACACGGCCUCAUCCACCUCGGGCUGCGCCCUCCGGCCGCCAAGAAGCCCCCGGGCCGCAACUCGUGCCGUCUGUGCGGGAAAACGUACAGCAAGCUGAGCGGACUGUUCAGACACAAACUGACACACCUAGGCGUCCGUCGGCACAAAUGCCAUAUCUGCGAGAAAGCGUUCACGGACACGUCUAAUCUGAAGCAGCACGUGCAGGGCGUGCAUCUCAACAUACGAAGGAUAAGGAAGCGAUAAUACAGUGCUUGCAGGCGUAUGUUUUAUUGUACCGCGAAAAUACAGUGUUCGCAGACGUAUGUGUUUU